AGCUUAUGAGCUUCGUGAGUCGAUCAUUCUCGCGUGAGCUUCGAGCUCGAGUAGUUUGAUAGAGACAAUAGCAGUUGGAGCGUACACGAUCCAAGGGAUAUUUAACUGCAAAAAUUCAAAAUUGCUAAAAUCAUCGGUGCGAACGCAGUCGACGUAAUCGCGGACUAUUUCAACCGAUCCAAGAUAUUCAAAUUCGUCCAGGAUUAUUCGAUCGUUCGGUUGAUAAAAAAAAGUGUCAAGAUGCAGAGGAUGAUGAAGUUCGGUAUCGGCGGAGUGAGCCUGUUCACUUUCGGAGUCCUGUUUGGCUGGGUGCUGUUCCCGAUGCUCUUGAAAACCAUGAUUCAUAAACAAAUAGCGUUGAAGGACGGAGGCCCUACCCGCGCCCUGUGGAGCAAAUUUCCGUUCGCGCUCGAGUUUAGAGUCUAUUUGUUCAACGUCACGAAUGCGGAGGAGAUCAAGAACGGAGCCAAGCCGAUACUCAAUCAAGUUGGGCCGUACUUUUUCGAAGAAUGGCAAGAGAAGGUGAAUCUCGAAGAUCGCGAAGAGGACGACACGGUGGAGUACGCCAUCAAGAACAAAUGGAUCUUCGUGCCGGAAAUGAGCGAGGGACUGACCGGCGACGAGGAGCUCAUGCUGCCGCACGUCUUCAUCCUCGUCAUGAUCAUGGGAACCGUGAGAGACAAACCAGCCGCACUGCCCAUCGUGAACAAAGCCGUUAACAGCAUAUUCAAGAAUCCCUCGAACGUCUUCGUGAAGGCGAAGGCCAUGGAUCUGAUGUUCAACGGGCUGCCGAUCGACUGUCGGGUGUCGGACUUUGCCGGCACCGCCGUCUGCGCCGAGCUCAAGAAGCAGGCCGAGCUGGGUAACCUGCAAAUCGAAGGCCCGGAUCAGUACAGAUUUUCUCUCCUCGGAGCGAAAAACGAUACGCCCGCCGCGAAGCGCGUGCGCGUUCUGCGCGGCAUCAAGAAGCUCAACGACGUCGGCGUGGUCGUCGGGUUCGACGGCAGGUCCAACAUAUCGACGUGGGACGACGACUUUUGCGACCGGUUCAACGGCACCGACGGCACGAUCUUCCAUCCGUGGCUGUACGAGAACGAGGACGUCGUGUCGUUCGCGCCCGAUCUCUGCCGCAGCCUCAGCACGACCUUUCAACAGCACACCAGCGUGGCGGGUCUGAAGACAAAUCGAUACGUGGCGUUUUUGGGCGAUCCCCAGCAGAGCCCCGAGCAGAGAUGCUACUGUCCUGCGCCGGACAAGUGCCUCAAGGCCGGAGUCAUGGAUCUGCACAAGUGCCUGGGUGCGCCCAUGGUCGCGUCGCAUCCGCACUUCUAUCUCGGCGACAAAGAGUACCUAAGCAUGGUCGACGGCCUGAAUCCUUCCGAGGAGAAUCACGGGAUAUUUCUGGACUUCGAGCCGUUCACCGGCUCGCCUCUGAGCGCUCGCAAGCGCCUCCAGUUCAACAUCUUCAUCACCAAGGUCGACAAGUUCAAGGUCAUGAAGAACUUCCCGGACGCGUUGCUGCCGCUGUUCUGGGUCGAGGAGGGCGUCGUGAUGCCCGACUGGCUGCUCAAGCAGGUCAAGAUGGGCCACACCAUGGUGAAGAUCGUCAAGUACAUGAAGUGGACGAUGGUCCUGGGCGGACUGGGCCUGUGCGCGUUCGCCGGCUAUCUCUACUAUCAGGGCCAGAGGAAGGCCGUCGAGAUCGAGCGGGUCGAGGCCAACGGCGCGAUGAAGCCGGGCAGCACCGAGAAAAUCGCGCCCCUCAACGUGAGUUCGCUGCACUCGGUGCGAGUACCGGUCAUGGUCGAUUGAAUGAUUCGACGAGAGUAAA